AUGUCUUACCUGGCUUCGUUAGGACGACACCGAUGGGUUGACUUUGCUCAGCACGAGUACAAUGCAACGCAGGUUCCUCCAGAAUGGCAUUCGUGGAUCUCGCACAUCCGCAAAGACCCUCCGACGGAAGACGGCGUGAUGGCCAAAAUGACGCCGCCGUGGAAGGCGCCGUACUAUGAGAAUCUGACGGGGACUCGCGGCGCAUACCGUCCGUACAACACUGUCGCGCGCAAGAUUCAUGCCUGGAGACCUGUAACAGCUCCGCGUGAGAACAGUACUCAUGGCUCGUAG